AUGCCAAGAGUUUUAGAUUCAGAUUGGCGAUUCGUUUUUGCAACAUGCUUAUGGAGAAUAUGGAAGAGGAGAUGUGAAGUGGUAUUUAACUCGAGCUGCGUGGUAGAUGCUGAGAAACUUUUGAAGGUCAUUGAGAGCUCCAUUAUAGAGCUUAAUUCAGCCUUUCCGAAGCUGGAAAAAGGGAGUAUAACAGAGGGCCAAGUAGCAUGGGAGAAGCCCAAGGAGGGAUUUAUUAAAAUCAAUACAGAUGGGGCAUGUAAAGGAAAUCCGGGAAUAUUAGCAGCAGGGGGGUUGCUUCGAGAUGCUAACGGACAAUGGAUUGUUGGGUUUAUUGCACACCUUGGUAUAUGCACGAAUACAAUAGCUGAACUUCAGGCUAUUAGGCAUGGGUUGGAGCUGGCUUGGGUGUAUGGAUACAGGCAAGUAAUCUGUGAAGUUGAUGCUAAAGUUGCGAUAGAUUUCAUAACACAGGAAGACAUUGAUACACACCCAUGUGGGGGGCUGAUUGCUGACAUUCGAGCCUUAAUCGAGCGGGACUGGGUUUGCCAUUUACAACACACUCUCAGAGAAGGGAACGAAGGAGAUGAGGCGAAAGCCGAAGGGCAAUGCGGAAUUAGCCCUAGUGCCGUAAAGGCCGUAAUGGUUAAAGGAAGUAGAAGGAAGGCUGCUAGUGCGAGCUGGUGUGAAAGCGAUACCGGGUUGCUAACCACCACACAUUGCAGAGUGCUUUCAGCUACCUUAGACUCCUAUUACCGCUCCGUGGGGGGUUGGUACCGAAGAGAUAGACUACCAAAGCGUCACCAAUGGGAAGCGACUACCUUCUCCUCCUACUAG